CAAAUUUGUGAGGCGAUUUGACCUGUCGAGUUUGUUCAGCUUUCCUUCCACUGCUCACGUCCUUCACUUUUAAGUCGCCCCGUCACUUUCAAUUAAACAAUGGCUGAAGAGGAAAUUAUUGCGAACUCUUACGUUGGUUUCGAUACCAUCACGCAGCAAAUUGAGCACAAGUUGCUGAAGAGGGGAUUCCAAUUUAAUGUCAUUGUCGUUGGACAAACGGGACUGGGCAAGUCGACGCUCAUCAACACUAUCUUUGCCUCGCACUUGAUGGAUUCAAAGGGUCGUUUUGCUGCCGACGAGCCUGUUCGUCAGACUACAGAAAUACAAACUGUCUCUCAUGUUAUUGUUGAAAAUGGCGUCAAGCUGAGGUUGAACAUCGUUGAUACUCCUGGGUACGGUGACCAGGUCAACAAUGAGGGAUGCUGGGACCCAAUCAUCAAAUACAUUAAAGACCAACACAGCGCCUACCUUCGUAAAGAGCUUACCGCGCAACGGGACCGUUACAUUCAGGACACCCGUAUUCACUGCUGUAUAUACUUCAUCAACCCAACCGGUCACUCACUCAGACCUAUCGACGUAAUUGUGAUGAAAAAAUUGAGUGAAGUCGUCAACGUCGUGCCGGUUAUUGCCAAGUCGGAUACGUUGACGGUCGAUGAGAGGUUGGCGUUCAAGGAUAAGAUUCGGGAAGAACUUGUGUACCACAAUAUACGUCUCUACCCCUUUGAUACUGACGAAGACGAUGAGGAAGAAGUUAGUCUCAACGAGACCAUCCGCUCGAUCAUCCCCUUCGCCAUCGUCGGUUCUGAAAACAACGUCAUCAUCAACGGUGCACCCGUCAGGGGGAGGAAAAACCGUUGGGGUGUGGUCAACGUUGAGGAUCCGGGUCAUUGCGAAUUUGUAAAUUUGAGGAACUUCCUGACCAGAACACAUCUUCAGGACCUCAUUGAAACAACAGCCCAAAUUCAUUACGAAGCUUUCCGUUCCAAGCAGCUGCUUGCGCUCAAGGAGGGUGUCAACCAGCGUCCAACAACCGGGCAGUAAAGGAAGAGAUUGUCUCUCAUUCUCGCUAUCUUCACAUUCGGUGUGCCCUGCUCAAAAAAUGAUACCCUCACGACACGGUGACAGUCCGCGUCGUUUUUCUUGCGAAUGGAUGGUGGGAGAUGGAUUAUGGAGGGAGGUUCCGUGGAGCAGCAUCUGGACAUCUGAACAAUAUUUCAUUCUAGUCACUCUCUUCAUCGGUCUUUCUGUUUUUCGCCGUCUCUAUUGGAUGUCCCCAGUCCUUUCCUCCAGCCCCAGUUCCUGUCUUGUCUUGUUUCUUAUACCGAUGGAUACUUGUAGCUAGUUCUGUACGUGCAAUCGUACUUUUAGUAUUCUUCCACUGUUGAAGUGGCAUCUGUUUGCGUUCAUUCUGAUGAAGUUAUCCUUUGAUGCUUUCAA